AUGAUUUUCUUCAAUAAAUACAUCUUCAAAUCCCUCUUCCCGGCCUUCCUACAGUACGAUCAACAAUGGCGAGCCUUGAACAGCGAGAGAAUGAUGGUUAUGAGCCCACGAAAUUCGCAAUUUCAUCGGCCGGUUGAGUGUCUUACUGCUCGGUACUUGCUCUUCACCAUGCUCGAGCGAGGUGACCUUAAUGCAUGCUUUGCUGCAUAUGCGCAAAACUUGACUUCUACCCUUCUCUAUGGUACAGACAUAGGGUCUCUGAGACAGACUGAUGUCCAGCAGCUGUCGCUUCUUCUAAACGACAUGAAAAGCCUUGCACGUCCUCAGAAUGUGCUUGUCGACGUAUUACCAUUCAUACAGCAUCUGCCUGGGGUUUCAAAAUAUCUUGCAAAGAAGGCAAAGCCUCUUUCACGAAGUCUUAUACAGCACGUUGAGAAAAAUUUAGAAUCUGCCCUCCAAAGACCUUCAUGGAAUAUGGCCCGCGCUUUUCGCCAGCUUCAUAGUGAGGAGUCAACAUGGGAGGCCUUCUGCGUAUCUAUGGGCGAGAUUGAAUUUGCCGCCUCUAUCACAACGCCUAUGAUCCUGGCUAUCGUUAUAAAAAUGGUUGCAUCACAUCCUCAAGAAGUGUGCAAGCUUCAAGCUGAAGUCGACAGAGUGGUUGGCACUGAGAGACUUCCGACAUUUGAUGACUUAGAAGGUCUGCCCUGCCUUCAAUCUUUUGUGAAGGAGUGUCUACGACUCAGGGCUCCACUGCCCCUAAGCGUUCCUCAUGCUGUGAGUUGUGAGGACGAGUAUAUGGGCUAUCGAAUCCCCGAAGGUGCCCUCAUUUUCUCAAAUCAAUGGGCUCUGAACAUGGAUGAAUCUAUUUAUGAGGACCCAAUGUCUUUCAAGCCAGAAAGAUGGUUGGAGAAUCCGACCCUGCCUAGUCCUUUCAUUUUUGGAUUUGGGAAAAGGGCAUGUCCUGGUCAGUCUAUUUCAAUGGACUCACUUAGCAUUGCGAUUGCUUCAAUGGUGUGGGCAUUUGACUUUGAUGACAACAAAAUCAUUGAGAAUCUCGGACGGCCACCAAGUUUGGUUGAUGAAGGGCCACAAAUCGCCGGCAUCCAGGCCCGCUGCAGGAGCCCAAGUCACGUAACUCUCAUUGAACAAGAAUGGUUUGCAACAAAUCCCGAUCCCAGCACAGAACUGGAUAGGAUUGGCAAAGCUCUGGGGCUAUAA